AUGAAGAAGAGCAAUAAUGCAAAUUGCACAUAUUCUAGCAAAGCACAUUGCCAAUCACUCAACAAUAUGGAUAGUACUGUUGUUUUUAACAGUGAUACUAAUAUUAAUAGUCUUGACAGCUAUGUUAAUAUCAGUGAUCCUUCAUUACUUCUCACAUCCCCACACAAUAUCGAUAAAACAAACAAUGGCGAUAUUGUUAAUAAUGAUAGCAUCGUUCACACUAUCGUUGAUCCAUUCUCUGAAACUCUUGUUCCUUGCUCUACAUCUUUAGUUCUAUCAGAUACUGACAGUACCUCUUCUCAAACUGCAAAUAACAGUACAGUAAAGGACAACACCUUGAAUGAUUUGUCCACUCCAUUUUGGAUUAAGCUUAUGAUGCUACAGUUAAGCAACGCACUGGCAUGUGUCCAUUCUAAGAGAAUGAUUCAUAUGGAUGUUAAGCCUGAAAAUAUCCUUGUUAAGAUUGUGAAGGAGGAUAUCAUCUUUCAGCUGUGUGACUUUAACAUUUUCAGGAUAGGAGAAGGUUCCUUUGUCUUAGACGGGGACAAGGUAUACAUGGCACCAGAAAUUUUAAAGAACAGAUGCUUCUUUAAGAGUGAUGUAUACUCCCUUGGAUUAGUCUAUUUGGAAUUGGUGAAUGACACAACUUUGCCGACGUCAGGCGAGGAGUAUAGGAAGCUACGCAAGAAUGAUUUUGAAGGAUGGAGGAUUGAUGAGAUAGGACGGAGAAUGCUAGAGAAGAACCCAUCGGUAAGAUGCAGUGCAAAGGAAGUGGAAGAUUAUUUCCACAAUUUAUUAGCCAAUAGCGACAAUACUGGAUAA